AAUGAAAAAUCCGAAUUGAACAUUUCAGAUAUUUUUGUCCCUUCCCUUGUAUGGCGUCCUGGCGCGUCAGCAGAAGCUAUCAGAACAAUGGCAGCUGCGUGUCUUCAACAUGCUCUCAUGCCAUCUCCAGAAGUAGAUCUAUUUUCUGAUGAUACUUUGAGGCCUGUGACGGAAAAACUCUUGCCUUUAUUGAUAUCCUUGCUUGAAGACGCCUCCUAUCGCAGUCGUCAAAUAGCCAUAGAGUGUUUGGCGUUCUUGAAAGCUCUGUGUUGCAAAAAAGAUAUGUGGAAUGUUGAUGACCUAAUCAAAAUAUAUCCAGAGAUUCUUAAAAGACUGGAUGACCCAACAGAAAAAGUUCGAUUCUCUGCUCUCAGGAAUUUGCCUAUUUUUUUAAAUUCUGUACCAGUAGAGUUCAAAAAGGCCAACUACCGAGCUCAUCAUGAACUGAUUAUCGACACUCUUUUGACCCAUUUCGAUGACGAUAAUGAAGAUGUCCAAAACAUGGUAUAUGGUAAGUGCCACAUGGUUUUUCCCGAUUUAUAUUCAACCUAUAGAUACGUUUUUUAA